AUGCGUGUCGAAAAGUUCCCUCUCUCACCCCCGAGCCUGGAAGAGCUAGCCGAGCAACUCAAAGCUCCCUUGGACGCCAACUACAAGCACGCAUCAGUGUCUGUGGUCAAUUGUCCCGACCUGCGUAAGGCACCUUUUCACCUGGCGACCGAGGGUCUCUCAGGGGAUGAAAAAAUCGCAGAUGUUGGUGGUCAGCCGAACCUCUUUCCCCGCCCCCGGCUUGACAGUAUCUGGUCCAUACCAGAGAUUGGCAAAAACAUGGAAAUGAGCCCCGAAAAGGGCAGCUUGAUCGGUGCCGGCGCCGGUCCUUUCCACGUCAUCGGGCAGAACAGCGAGCUUGUGCCGAAUCUCAGCUGGCAAGGCGGUCUUGACAAGGUUGAUAACAAAAGUCAAGUCAUCCAGAUCAAACGCGCCACCGGAGAAGUCAGCGUCGGAACGAGCCCUUCCGUAGACUGCGGUCUCAUGGUCAACUUGUACGGUUCCCUGGGCGAGCCAGGACCGGUCCUCAAGAUUACAGCAAAGGGCCGCAAGGGUUCUGAAAGGAGCUUUACCGAGUGUAUCCGGAAAGGGCUGAAUGCUGCGUAUGGCGAUGAAAGAACUGUCAGUCUCGGUGGAGCCUUUGUUGUGAAGGCAGGGAAGGCGACUUACCACAUUAUGCCUGAUUUCCCUGCUGAGCGCGACCUACCUUUUAAAGAUAGAAAGGAAGUUGAAAAGUGGUUGACCUUUCAUGAUUUCGAUUCGCCCAUUGUGGGACUAUCUGUGUUGCACUCUGCGGACCCUGGCAACAAGAUGGGCUUGAGGAUAGAGCAUACCCACGCGUUCUCUCCGCUGACAAAGAAUGCUGGAGGUCACUAUCAUUACGAAGCCGAGGGAGAGGAAGAAAUUAUUGAGUACGAAGGAUACUUCAAUACUGCAAAAGCGAUAUACAGGAUAGACAGCCCCGCGGAUACGAAAAGGUGA